AUGUUGAGUGGAGUGUGCAUCGCUCAGUCUCUAAAGAUCCCUCGAGAGCCGCGGCCCGGAGAGUUUGACAAAAUCGUGCUACGUUUGCUGGAGACGCCCAACGCCAGAGCUGUCAUCAUGUUCGCCAACGAGGACGACAUCAGGAGGAUCUUGGACGCGGCAAAGCGGAACAACCUGACGGGUCACUUCCUGUGGGUGGGCUCAGACAGCUGGGGCUCCAAGAUCUCCCCAGUGCUACACCAGGAGCGGGUGGCAGAGGGCGCUAUCACCAUCCUGCCCAAGAGAGCCUCUGUGGACGCCUUUGACCGUUACUUCAAGAGUCGCUCGCUGUCCAACAAUCGAAGGAAUGUGUGGUUCGCCGAAUUUUGGGAGGAGAACUUUGUGUGUAAACUCGGGAUGCACGGAAAGAGACCAGGCAGCCCCAAGAAAUGCACAGGUAGGAAACAACACAUGUAUUAUUGA